UAAUGUAUCAAUCUCUUUCCAAUGCUAUACUCUUCUCUGCAAAAUCUAGUCUAAAGGAUACUUAUUUUUGGCAGUUUCUGUUUCAAGAGCUCAUUUAUCUCACUCUCUUACUGUAGGUGUGAUUUUGAUGGUUGGUAGAAAGCUGAUUGAAGCAGAGAGAGAUUUAUUAAAUUGUGUUUUGCCCUUUCUCUUGUUGAAAAGUGUUUAGAUCCAAAAAAAAAAAGGAAGAGGCUUCAUUUCCUUUGUCUGUCUGUUUCUUGAGAAACAUUUACACAGUGAUUUGACUAUUGAGUGACUGGAUUGAGAGGAUAAGCAUCUCUCUGGAUCCUUUGGGGAGAUUUUUCAGCUUAAAGUUUUCAUUUUUAUUCGCAAGGGUACAAGGAUUUUUUGGAUUUGCGUUUGCCCCAAAAGCUGGUGGGUAAUCUCAAAAGUGAUCAACCAGUGUGUGUUUGGCUGAUUUUGUCUCGGUUUCCAAGUUGCCAUAAUAAUGCAAUCAUAUCUAGUGGAUCUAUCUCUCCUGGAAACUACAUUAUCUCUGAGGAUCAUUUAGAAAUCAAAUCUUCGUUUGGGAAGAGAAGAAUCUUAGAGAUUUGUUCUUGCAUUACUAGUCUCUAUAAUGAUGCGGGAGAAGAGAUUAGGUGCUGCUAAUGGGACUGAGAAUGUUCUUGUUGCUGUUAAAGCAUCUAGAGAGAUCUCAAAGACAGCAUUGGUUUGGGCUCUGACCCAUAUUGUUAAACCUGGAGAUUGCAUUACUCUCAUUGUUGUUGUCACUUCUCACAAUGCUGGCCGAAAGCUAUGGACUUUCCCGAGGUUUGCUGGAGAUUGUGCUACUGGUCAUCGGAAAUUGCAUUCUGAUGCAGAUCCUGAGAUAAAGAGUGAUCUCACUGAUACUUGUUCCCAAAUGAUUCUCCAGCUUCAUGAUGUCUAUGAUCCAAACAAGGUUAAUGUCAGGAUCAAGAUUGUUUCAGGAUCACCAUGUGGGGCUGUUGCCGCUGAGGCCAAGAAAUCGCAAGCAAAUUGGGUAGUUCUGGAUAAGCACCUGAAGCAUGAAGAGAAACGGUGCUUAGACGAGCUACAGUGUAACAUUGUGGCGAUGAAGCGUUCUCAGGCAAAAGUUCUGCGAUUGAACUUGGUCGGGUCACCAACAAAAGAACGGGAACUAGCAUCUGAAAAGAACAAAAACAGGUUGUUAGAUUCUGUUAAAGCGGGAGUUACAACAACUCCAAUGAGCAGUCCUGAGGUUGAGACGUCUUUCACAGGAACAGAAGCGGGGACUUCAUCAGUUUCUAGCUCUGACCUCGGAACAUCAUCGCCUUUUUUCACGGUGGAAGUGAAAAAGGAUGAAACUUUGGUCAUCAAAGAGAGUGAAUCCGAUUCUGAUUCAGAGAGUGAAAAUCUAUCACUGCCUUCCACGAGUAUGAGAUUCCAGCCAUGGAUAUCAGAAUAUCUUGGCACUCGUCGCCUAUCAUUGCAGGAAUCUGAGGAAAGUCUGUGGAAAACUGAUGAUAAGCCUGCUCAAGUAUCUACUAAAAAGGUGUUGCUUGAGAAAAUUUCUAAGCUUGAUGAUGGAGAAGAAAAAGCUAUGUCGAGUAAAAGAAGUGACUUGGAGGACUAUAGUGGGAACUUAAGAGAAACAAUUUCGCUAUCACGAAAUGCUCCUCCGCCACCUCUCUGUUCUAUCUGUCAGCACAAAACGCCUGUAUUUGGAAAACCGCCAAGGUUUUUCUCAUACAAAGAGUUAGAGCUUGCAACAAAUGGGUUUUCACGAGCUAAUUUUUUGGCAGAAGGUGGAUUUGGAUCUGUUCAUAGAGGUGUAUUACCUGAAGGCCAGAUUGUAGCAGUAAAGCAACACAAAUUGGCUAGCACACAAGGAGAUGUAGAGUUCUGCUCUGAAGUCGAAGUUUUGAGCUGUGCUCAGCAUCGAAACGUAGUAAUGUUGAUCGGUUUCUGCAUCGAAGAAGGCAGAAGACUCUUGGUGUAUGAAUACAUUUGCAAUGGAUCAUUAGACUCUCAUCUAUACGGUCGCCAUAAAGACGCUUUGGGAUGGCCUGCAAGACAGAAAAUCGCGGUUGGAGCAGCUCGAGGUCUUCGAUAUCUACAUGAAGAGUGUAGAGUGGGUUGCAUUGUUCACAGAGACAUGAGGCCUAACAACAUACUAAUCACUCAUGAUUAUGAACCACUGGUUGGAGAUUUUGGUUUAGCACGGUGGCAGCCUGAUGGAGAGCUUGGUGUAGAUACGCGUGUGAUAGGAACUUUUGGCUAUUUGGCUCCAGAAUAUGCUCAAAGUGGACAAAUAACAGAGAAAGCUGAUGUUUACUCAUUUGGGGUUGUACUAAUUGAGCUAAUCACGGGUCGUAAGGCAAUGGAUAUUUACAGACCAAAGGGACAACAAUGUCUAACUGAAUGGGCAAGGUCUUUGUUGGAAGAGUAUGCGGUUGAGGAAUUGGUUGAUCCGAGGCUCGAGAAGAGAUAUUCAGAAACAGAAGUCAUUUGUAUGAUUCAUACAGCUUCAUUGUGUAUACGUAGAGAUCCACAUCUGCGUCCUCGUAUGUCUCAGGUAUUGCGUUUAUUGGAAGGAGAUAUUGUAAUGAAUGAAAUCUCAGGGAGGUUUAGUGGAAGAUUAUCGAUUGAGAGAGGUCAGAGAUCAUAAUUCAAAAGCUGAAUUAGCAAAUGCAGAGACUGAGAAGAUAUAGUUUAAUUUUGAUUGUAAUGUUGUUUUUAAGCUCCGUUGAUCACUUUUCUUGUAUAGUGAGUAAGAUCAAUUCAAGGAUUUUGUAUAAAUAAACAAAGUCCUCUUAAUUGGCAAUUAUGAGUGAUUAGUAAAAA